GGGAGGAUCCCGUGACGUCAUCGCGUUCACCCUCACGUCGUUGGACUCCGGACGCUGCAACGGCAGUGAAGUUAGCAAACCGUUUCUGCAAAGUUUUAACCAGAUACUUUGGUUUAAAAAGUUCAGAGAUGUCUCUCACUCAAGUUUCAUCCAACAAAUGUGCCGGAGGCUUCCAGAAGGUCUUCGAACAUGAGAGCACUGAGCUCAGGUGUAAGAUGAAGUUUGCUGUCUACCUGCCUCCUAAAGCUGAGACGGACAAAUGUCCCGUCCUCUACUGGCUCUCAGGGCUGACGUGCACGGAGCAGAACUUCAUCACUAAAGCAGGAAGUCAAGUUCUUGCUGCAGAACACGGGAUCAUCAUCGUAGCUCCAGACACCAGCCCAC